GGGCGAAACCUCAGACGAGAAACUCACUCGUAACGACUUAACUCACUUUGUUUCAGAUUAUCAAAACACAAAACUCUGCGAGUAAACAUCACAUCACAUCACAUCACACGACCCAAAGGGAAGCUGUUUUGUUCUGUGUUCUCGGGGAGUAGAGGGCUCACUGUCCCAUGGGCAAAUGCAAGUGAAGAUGUGGAGGAGCCGGAGCUUCCGUGGCCCUGCGGCUCUUCGAUUUCGAUUUCGAGCUGGUAGUCAUCAUCAAGUUGUCGCUUCUCUGCUUCGGAAUCACCCUCAGGUAUGCAAUUUCACUGCUGCAGCCAGAGCUGUCAAGCACGAAAUUGAGAGGCCGAGAACCCUCGAUGAGGCCCAGAAUUGCUUCCAUAGCAUGACUCUCAUGCAGCCUCCGCCUAGUGUUUUUGAGUUCGCCCGUCUCUUGGGAGCGGUUGUCAGGAUGAGACACUACUCCUCUGCGAUUGGUUUGAUCGAACGCAUGGAUGUGUUAGGGCUCGCCUGCCAUAUCUCUAUCUGGAAUAUCUUUAUAAAUUGCCUCUGCCAUCUCAAGGAAGUGGAUCUCGGUUUCUCUGCUUUGGCUAAACUGAUAAAACUUGGGCUUCGACCGAACUCCGUCACCCUGAAUACUCUGGUCAAUGGGCUUUGUUCCAAGGGUAUAAUUUCAAAAGCAGUGAUGCUUGCCGAUGAGAUGUCGAGCAUUGGGUUCGAGCCCAACUCAGUCACCCGUGCAACAAUUAUAAAGGGUUUGGUGAGGACUGGCAAGACUGACCUUGCCGUCAGAUUGAUCGGCAAGUGGGAGAAAGUGAGCGGCAGGCUGGACGCAUUUGCUUAUAACACAGCCAUUGAUGGCUUAUGCAAGCAGGGACGAGUAAUAGAGGCUUUCAACCUCUUUAACAAAAUGGUUUUCCAAGGCAUUCAACCCGACAUUGUCACUUAUAACUCCCUCAUUCAUGGUCUUUGUUGUUCGAUCCAGUGGAAAGAGGCUGUCGUCCUGUCAUAUAAGAUGGGAGAUAAGGGUGUUCAACCAAAUUUAUUGACUUAUAACUCCUUGCUUCACGGUUUAUGCCAGCUAGGUCGAUGGAGAGAAGCCAACAUUCUGUUGAAACAAAUGGUGGCAGAGGAGAUCCAACCAAGUGUCGUUACUUACAACACUCUGAUUCGGGCUCAGUGCAACAUGGGGCAAUGGCAUGAGGUCCAUAGACUGUUUCAGGAGAUGGUGCAGAGGGGAAUACUUCCGAACGUAAAUACAUUCAAUAUUUUGGUGGAUGCAUUCUGUAAAGAAGGGAAACUUUCAGAAGCAGAGCGCGUCGUCGAAAUGAUGGCCCAGAAAGGUGUGGAGCCCAAUGUAGUCACAUACAAUUCACUGAUUGAUGGGUAUUGCCUUCAUAAUCGUAUGGUUGAUGCUGCUAAGUUAUUCGGUCUGAUGCUUGAACGGUAUUAUGCUCCCAAUGUAGUCACUUAUAAUGCAUUGAUCAAUGGAUAUUGCAAGUCCAAACAAAUCGAUAAAGCAUGGCUUCUCUAUCAAGAAAUGCUAGACAAGGGUCUGAUUCCUGAUGUGGUGACGCACACUACUCUCAUCGGGGGCUUCUGCCUCGUUGGCAAUUUUCAUGCUGCAGAGCAGCUAUUUGACAAGAUGCAUGCUUAUGGGCAAUCUCCAAACGUCCAAAGUUACGCCACUAUGUUAGAUGGCUUGUGUAAAGCAAAACAAGUAGACAAGGCAAUUGCAAUGUUCCAGCAAAUGGAGAAUCAUAAGUUGGAGCCUGACAUUGUGAUUUACAAUAUCCUCAUCAAUGGUCUAUGCAAUGCAGGGAAGCUCGAACCUGCAAGAGAACUUUUCAAAGGUUUGUCUGCAAAAAAGGUGGAACCUGAUGUUGUCGCUUUCAACACAUUGAUUAAUGGAUUGUGUAAUGAAGGUCAUAUAAACGAAGCCUUCACAUUGUUUAAUGAGAUGGAAGGAAGGGGAUGUGUCCCGAAUUCAGGCACAUACAAUGUGUUGGUUAGAGGAUUUCUUAGAAAUGGCGACAAGUUUCGUGUGGAGCAGUUGCUACGAGAAAUGAAUCAGAAAGGUCUCGCUGCAGAUGCAUCAACAGCCGAACUCUUGCUUGAUCUAUUAUCAAAUGAUGCGUCGAUUCUAAAACUAGUACAUAAUAUUUAGUGAAUCUGGAUGACAUUUUUUGGGAGCAUUACUCGUUUCUUGCUUUUCAGGUAGAUGCUGAGAAGCAGGAGCUAUAAUUACUAUCAAAGCCCACCAGUUAAUCCAGGCAUUGUGAGAUUGAAACACGAAGGAAGAACUGUCCAAAACUGACAAGAUUCACUUCUUAUUGGUACUACUGAUCUGAAGACGCUUCAUUGGACUGGAUGGAUUGUCCGGUAAAACAGCAUUUAGUUGCGGUUCUAGCUAAUUUGAUGUUGUUACAGGAAUGUCCCUGAUGACACUUUUCCCUGCCUCUCCGCUCGGUGGCCUUCUGAAGGUUUAAGUUGUAACUGCAUCUUGGGAGCACGACUCAGAAAUCGUGUUUAUGUAUUACUGGUCCCUAUUUUUCGAUCUUUUGCCGAGGGUUCUGUCUAUUAUACCGAAUUCGUUGCCAAUGUCAUACUCCUGCUGCUUAUAGGCCAAAAAGUACAUCGAUGUUAUCCUUGAACAA